AUGACCUCGUACACCAAAAUUGGCGACGACGAGCGCCCUUCCAUCUCGAUCGACCCCAGUCUGACCAUUGCCAAGAUCGAAGACAAUGUCUACGGUGGCUUCACAGAGCACAUGGGCAGGUGCAUCUACGGCGGUCUCUACGACCCCGGCAACCCCCUCUCGGACGAGCACGGCUUCCGCAAGGAUGUCAUUGAGGCCAUGAAGGAGCUCCGCGUCCCGGUCGUUCGCUAUCCCGGCGGCAACUUCUGCGCGACGUAUCACUGGAUCGACGGUGUUGGGCCCCGGGAGAAUCGCCCUGGCAGACCUGAACUUGCCUGGAUUGGCACGGAGUCGAAUGCCAUUGGCACAGAUGAAUUCCUCAAGUGGUGUGAGAUCGUUGGCACCGAGCCUUAUCUCUGCCUAAACUUUGGUACAGGUAAGUGCAGGCUUGUGAUCCAGCGGAGUGGCCAACCAAGGAUGCUACUCUGUUGGUCCGUCGGGAGUUCAAGCUCGGGACUUGCUAACUUUUGCUACGUAUUUAGGUACUUUGGACGAAGAACGACAUGUGUUGACAAACAGAUGUGUGAUAGCCCUCGGCUGGCUCGAGUCAAGUACUGGGCUCUCGGCAACGAAGUCUGGGGCCCGUGGCAGGUCGAGCAGAUGACCAAGGAGGACUACGCAAAGAAGGCCUACCAGUGGGCCAAAGCCCUCAAGCUGCUCGACCCCUCCAUCGAGCUCAUCCUCUGCGGUGAGACGGGCCACAGCACUUGGGACGCCUACGUUCUCAAGGAGUGCGUGCGGUUCGACCUACACGGCCUCGGCGGGAGCACGACGGCGAGCCUGAUUGACAUGCACAGCAUUCACAUCUACACCGCCAGCUCCGAGCAUCUGAAGAAUGUCACAGCUCCGAGGUCCGCUGAACGAGCUAUCCAGAUCAGUGCCAGCCUGAUUGACCUGGCUCGUAUUGAGAAUAACGUGCCGCCUACCGUUCGCAAGCAGAAGAUUUGCUUCGACGAGUGGAAUGUUUGGGAUCCAGUCCGUGCUCCGGGCGAGGAGGGAGCUGAAGAGAAGUAUAACCUCUCGGACGCCUUAGCCGUAGCCGUCUGGCUCAAUGUCUUCAUCCGCCAGGCCGAGUACGUGGGCAUGGCCAACAUCGCACAGUCUGUCAAUGUCAUCUCCCCUCUCAUGACCACACCCGAGGGUCUAGUCAAGCAGACGACGUGGUGGCCGCUUCUCCUCUACAGCAAGUACAUGCGCGGCUCUUCCGUGGCGGUUGGCCUGCGCGCUGGCGAGUACACGGGCGACACGCACCCAGCCUGGCUCCGAAGCGCCGUCAACACGCCCUGGCUGGAUGUGAGUGCAGCGCUUAGCGACGACGGGUGGAUCAGCCUGGCGGUGGUCAACAUCCAUGAGGAGAAGGACUUUGAGACAGAGAUCCGCGGUGCCGUCUCAGAGGUCGAGGUGCAUAGCGUGGGCGGCAGCGCGCUAGAUGUUGUCAACACAGCCGAGAAGCAGGAGGUGGGCAUCACGGAGUCAAAGUGGGAUGGCAAGGGCGCCUUCACUUUCCCGAAGCGCUCUCUGACCAUCCUGCGAUGGAAGGCCCAGAACUAA